AUGGACGCCGACCUGCUCGCCCGCCUCAACGCACUCAAGGGCGCAUCGGGCGGACCUCCAACACCUCCCGUGGCCGUGACGACGGCCGCCUCGCGCGCGGCCGACGAAGAUUCAGCCCUCGAGGCGCUGGCUCACGCCCUCCCCUCUGCGCCAGACGAUGACGAUGAUCUCGAAGCAAUCCUGGCCAGUAUCGGGGGGGACAGUCUGGAAGUUGACUACCUCGAGCCGGGGGGAUUGGAGCGUGAUGCGAACGCGCUUCUGAACGAAGCGCGGCGACACGUAGACGUAAGCGCUGGCGCUGGCGCUGACGGACUGUCCACGGAGGACGAACCAUCCGCGGAAACAGCGGAUAAGACUGCCGACGAUAGCGACGACGGCGAGGGCAAUACGGCCGCCGGCACACUUGAACGCGCACUCGCGGAGGCUGCACUGUCCGACGACGAAACCGCUCUCAGUCCGGCCGCUGCUCGUGGCGCCGCACGGGCUCCAGACCGUGCACCGGGGCUCCCAGAUUCGAAACCUGGUCCUGAACCCAAUACCAUGGCAGCGUUGGUGGCGUUGGCAGCCCUCGGCCCUCUCCCGGACCUCAGGGAAGAUGACGAUCCACCAGACAUGAAGGCGAAGAUGGACCUGUUACGUGGAUUGAAGGGCCCGUCCAACUUCCCAACUGUUCCAAGGAGAGAACCGAAGAAAGACGAGAUGGGACCGCCGCCACGCGCACCAGGACAAGGAUGGGGUAUUCCGGGGUACGACGAUGGGCGCGACGACGACCUGGAUAGUUGGUGCAGUAUAUGUAACAAGGACGCCGAGCUGCGCUGCCGCGGAUGCGAGGGCGACCUGUAUUGCCGCGCGUGUUGGUCGGAGGGUCACGGUACCGGCCCGGGACAGGAGCGUGGACACAAGGCCGACAAGUUUGUGUGGCGCCAGUAG